GGUUCUAAAUUAAAAUUCAGCUGCCAAAACAUGAAAACUGUUAAUUGGAUAUUUGACGGAGGAACUGUGUAGAACUCUGGAGAAGAGAAAAUGGAAGAAGAUGGUAGAAGAAGUGUUCUACGGAAGAUUCGUGAAGGUUCAGAAACCGUCGUCUCUCUCGUAUAUAAAUCUGUUUCCUGUUCCUCCCAUUCCUCACCAGACGAAACCAAUCCGCUCGAAUUAUUCAUUCAUUAGCUAUUUCCGAAUCUACAAGCUUCAAAUCUCACCGAUUCAAUUGAUAAAGUGAAAAUGUCUCUGAUUCCGAGCAUCUUUGGAGGUCGCCGGAGCGGCGUUUUCGAUCCAUUCUCUCUGGAUCUGUGGGACCCGUUCGAAGGACUCCGGCUGUCCGGCGGCGGCGGGUCGGAGGUAUCGGCGUUCGCGAGCGCGCGGGUGGACUGGAAGGAGACGCCGGAGGCGCACGUGUUCAAGGCGGAUCUGCCGGGGCUGAAGAAGGAGGAGGUGAAGGUGGAGGUGGAGGAGGGAGGGAGAGUGCUGCAGAUCAGCGGGGAGAGGAGCAGAGAGGUGGCGGAGGAGAGGAAGGAGGACAAGUGGCACCGCGUGGAGCGGAGCAGCGGCAAGUUCCUGCGGCGGUUCCGCCUGCCGGAGAAUGCCAAAAUGGAUCAGGUGAAGGCGGCGAUGGAGAACGGCGUGCUCACAGUCACCGUCCCCAAAGAGGAAGCCAAGAAGAAACCUGAGGUCAAAUCCGUUGAGAUCUCUGCUUAAUCAUUACCCCUUUCCUUCGAUUCUGAUCUUCAUUUUUGAACAUGGAAUUUGUGUGGUGUUAUGAAAAAAGAAAUCUUAAUUGUGUGAUUAUCCUCCUGAAACUGCAGUUUCUUUAAUAGUGUCAAUCAUGUAAUGUGAUAAUUCUCAUGUAGAAGAUUGUGUGAUAUUAUCAAUAAAUACUGUUUUCUUCU